AUGGACAUUGCCGCCACACCAUCUAGGAUAUCACGAGUCGACUCGCGAUUCCGCCAUCGAGCACACAGCCGAGUCAACCAGAAAGAGGAGGAUACCGCCCGAGAGCGUCUGCACCAGGACCAAAGGCAGCGACUCAGGAUGGGCAGCCAUCAUCGCAUCUUCCACCGUCGUCACGCACAGGGCGUUACCCACGUCGUGACUGUAGAAGUCAUCGCUCAUGUCGAUUCCAGUGGAAACCUAAUUGCACAAGAGACGGUGACGCCACAUGACGCGACUCCCACAAUAGCAGCAGCCGCACCAUUGUCAGCGCCUCCACAAGAAUCAGUACUCGCCCAAGGACUAGCUUCUGCGCCGCCAGCACCGCCAGCACCACCAGUGCCAGCAACACCUACAGCACAGGCAGUACCUACCGCGCCCGAGGGACCUGCAGUGCUGGCAGCACCCGCAAUACCCACAGUACCAGCAGUGCCCCCAGCUCCGACGCCAGUCCUCCCCUCAGUCCCGUCUGUACCGCCAUUCCCCAGUGACCUGGUGGUUCCAUCGGUUCCUGCGUUCCCAUGGCCGUCAGGCGUCUCCGCCGCGGGAGCAGCAUCUAGCACACACCCAGCCAGCUCAGCAGCUAUAACGAGUGGAUCCAGCAUCAGCCCGAGUCCCGUUCCAGUACCCAAUCCUACAAUCAUCCCAAGCUCGAAUUCCACAAUAGCCAGCUUAUCACCACAUUUUUCAACAUCAUCAUCAUUCACAUCGCUGGGUAGCGUCUCGCCAUUGUCUUCACCAUCAUUUUCGCUCUCCAUCUCACCGCCUUUCGCAUCUCCAGCAUCUUCACAAUCUGCUCUUUCUGCACCUCAAUCAUUGGAUCCCUCUAGUGGGGCGUCAUCGUCAGAAAUAACGACAACCGCACCAUCAGACAGCACAUCAACUACUUCAGAUGCCGCGGCAACCUCAUAUUAUGGCGGCGUUGGUGACCCAGGACACCCAUCUGCCCCCCCUGCGGCAACAACAACCUCAGCUCUCGCUGGCGCUGGUGCUCCUAGCAGCCCUCCCCCGCUUGAGACGCCACAAGUUGUCGGUAGCAUAGUUGGCAGUCUUGCUGGCGCUGCGCUCAUCCUGGCCAUAAUACUUCUCCUUAUCCGACGCCACAAGCGGAAACGCAGUGGCGCUCUACAACUCACUGGUGAUGACCACACCGACAAUAACCAACAAGCCAUGAGGCAAGCUCCCGCGAGCAGCAGUCUCGUGCCUGCUGCUUUCCUGCACCGCUUUUCCGCAAUGUCGAGGUCAACGGUAGAUACCUCCACCACCGGCGGCGAGCGAAGUUUCCAGAGAGUGUCAGGACGCAAGCUCCCGUCUGCAUUCAGUGAAGGCAUGACCUCUGAACAAUUCUCGCCUGGAGGAGCCAUGUCUGAAUCAUCCUUCUACCAGGACGACCAGGGCACCUACGGCAGUCCGGGCAUGUCCAAAGAGUUUGGCAAGGAGAUUGACGAAACCUCCAAUGUUCGUGGUUCCGGGCCGAUGAAUAUCAGACCGAGCCCCGCAAGGACACCAGUCAUACGUCACCCCGACGAUGCGCCUCCAUUUGGGACAAGUCACUCCCACUUGAGUCCACCACAAUCACCCAACCUCAACUACCCAGCUCGAUGCACUCUAGGGAGGAGCCUCCACUCCGCCGAUGGGUCGCGAAGCUCACGCUUCACGGAAAACGUCUGA